AUGUACCUCUCGGUGCUGGGAGGCAUUGCCUGGGUCGGCUAUGGAGUCUACCAGGACAGACACCCGUUGCCCCAGAGCGACCCCGACCCGACUAAGAAGACCCUGGUGAUUCUAGGUACUGGCUGGGGCUCAGUCUCCUUGCUCAAGAACCUCGACACGGAGAACUACAAUGUCGUCGUUAUCUCACCACGCAACUACUUCCUCUUCACGCCUCUUCUCCCGUCAUGCACCACCGGUACCAUCGAGCACCGUUCCAUCAUGGAGCCUAUCCGGACAAUCCUCCAGCACAAGAAGGCCACUGCCAAGUUUUACGAAGCUGAGGCUAGCUCAAUCGACCCGGAGCGCAAGGUUGUCAAGGUCAGAGAUGAGUCUGACAUCAAGGGCACUGUGACCGAGACCGAGGUGCCUUACGAUAUGCUGGUCAUCGGUGUUGGUGCUGAGAACGCGACCUUUGGUAUUCCUGGCGUGCGAGAGCACACUUGCUUCUUGAAGGAGAUCGGUGAUGCCCAGCUCAUUCGCAAAAAGAUCAUGGAUUGCGUUGAGACGGCUGCAUUCAAGGACCAGGCUCCCGAGGAAAUCGACAGACUGCUUCACAUGGUUGUCGUUGGUGGUGGUCCCACUGGUGUCGAGUUUGCUGGCGAGCUCCAGGACUUCUUUGAGGAGGAUAUCAAGAGACUGAUCCCCGACAUCAGCGACCGCUUCAAGGUGACGCUGAUUGAGGCGCUCCCGAACGUUCUCCCCUCCUUCUCUAAGCAGCUCAUCGAGUACACUGAGAGCACUUUCAAGGAGGAGAAGAUCGAUAUCAAGACCAAGACUAUGGUCAAGAAGGUCACUGAUAAGACUGUCGAGGCUCAAAUGACUACACCAGACGGCAAGAAGGAGACCAUUGUGCUGCCCUACGGUCUGCUCGUUUGGGCCACUGGAAACGCUGUCCGUCCCAUUGUCAAGGAUCUCAUGACUCAGAUUCCCGCUCAGAAGGACUCUCGCCGCGGCCUCGCUGUUAACGAAUACUUGGUUGUGCAGGGCACCCGCGACAUCUGGGCUGUCGGUGACUGCGCCGUGGCCGGAUACGCACCCACUGCUCAAGUCGCCUCUCAAGAAGGCAACUUCCUCGCCCGUCUGUUCAACAACAUGGCCAAGACCGAGUCUCUCGAGGAGAACAUCCGCGACCUAAGCGCUAAUCUUAACUUGAAGCCUGGUAACGCCGCCGAGGUUGCCAAGCAGAUUGAGGAACAGGAGCGCCAGCUCCGUCGCAUCAAGGACAUCAAGCCGUUCCACUACUCUCACCAGGGUAGUUUGGCGUACAUUGGAAGUGAGAAGGCUGUUGCUGAUGUUAGUUGGUUUAACGGAAACUUCGCAUCUGGUGGUAGCUUGACAUAUCUGUUCUGGAGGAGUGCUUACUUGUCAAUGUGCUUCAGCACUCGUAACCGACUCCUGGUGUUGAAUGAUUGGUUGAAGUCCAAGCUGUUUGGACGUGAUGUGUCACGAGAGUAA